UUUAUCAUAUACCUCACCCCACGUCGCGUCGAUUGUGUAUUGCGUCUUUCCAGCCUGUUUCUUGAGAGUUUCUGAAUCAUGAAAGCGUUCUCUUUUUAUCUGUAUACUUUCAUUACCUUUUGCCUGCUUCAGUCUGGUAAGUAACCUUAUUCGCAAACAUAUGCAUGCAUUUAACUCAAGUAGUGACAAUAUUAAAACGAAAUUAGUUAUUUGCUACAUAAAGCGGAAGUUUUCUCCACCGAAAUCAUGCUCUAUUCUGCACUUCUUCAAAUUUGCCCUUCUGGUUCUUGUAUGUGUCUUGUACCCGUAUUCUACCCUAGAAAUUAUUCUGUUGUCAUAAUUAUUUAACAUCAACUGUGGAAUAGAACAACGCAAGCAGAAAGUGUAUCGAUAAAACAGUCCUUCGUGAACGAAAGACACACCAUGACUCACUUUGAAGUCCAGCCUUGGUAAUUUUGGUUUGGCUGUUCGUAUUCUUUCUGAAAUAUAGUUAUAGCUUCGAUUAAUUUGCUUAUGAUUCUAAACUAUAAUCUACGAUAUUUUACUUCUAGAUUAAUUGCUGGAAUACAAACAGCUAACAAAAUGCGGGCACUGAUUUUUCUUCGAAAACCUGAUAACUUGAUUGGGAUCUACCACAACCGAAAAAGCAAGAAUUUUGAAACAUAAUUGCUUCAAUUUAACUAUAUAUUUUCUAUUUCUAAGUUUCAAUUAUUAGGGAACAGGUGGAAAAUUGCGCACAUUUCUUAGAAAUUGCAUGGAAAUUAAUGGAUGUGACUUCUUCUUCUUUUUUUUUCCUUUUGGAAUCUUUUCCGCACAUUCUAGGAAUUUCCUACUAGAGUAGUCAUAAAUAUAUUAUGAAUUCUUAGAACCUACUGUCCGUCAAUCUUGCCAAUACCACUGCCACUACUACAUAGUUCCCAUUUACCAUACCCUAUUGGAGUUGUACUUUGGAAGAACACAUCACAGCGCAAUGAAAAAUGUAUCAACGAAGGCAAGGACGAUUUCUAUUGAAGUUUAUAUCCCUCGUCAAUGGAAGGAUCACUCACAAGAGUCGGUUUGCCUUGUUUCACCCCGAAGGCAUAGUAGCCUACUAGUUUCGGUUCUGCUGCGACUUUUGAAAAUAUAUCCUUAUUCAAUAGGUAUUUUUUACGCUUUUUUUAUUAUUUUUAGAGAGCACAUCGUCAUGCGGAAAACCCUUUUCACUUCUUUUGAAAAUUGUAAUGAAGGGACUUGACCCAAUACUACUUAAACUACAAAGAUGAUGAUAUACUUCCACAAAUUCUCAGAAUUUCCCAUUACGUUCACAAAGUCAUGAUUCACUUAUCGUUUUUAGUCGUUUUAAUUCCUAGAAAUCCCUCUCUAUUUCUCCACUGUAUCUCUUUUUGUUCAGUUGAUAAUUCUGUCGAGAAUCCCCGCUAAUGGAGAUCACUCGCGGACAAGGCGGAUUUCAGUCCCGUUUGAAACGGCAACUAAUUAGAAUGCGAACACUUAUCGUAAGAAAUGUUUUCAUGUCUUUUAUAUUGGAGCGGAAAAACUGAAGAACCGUAACAAUUAAAAGAGCAGGGCUUAGAGUAGCGGUGUAUUUUUUUUUUUUAGCUGAGUCGGCUGGAGUAAGAUCCUAUUACCAGGAAGAUCCUUACAGAAGGCGGAACAACUUUUCGUUAGGUUUCACGCCGUGCAGGAAUUUCGGUCCGUGUGGUGCUCAAGUAGAGAAGGAUCGAGACGGUAUUAAAAAUCGAGGGUAACCAAAACAAAAAUACAAUUUGGGCCUUUCUGCUCUAUUCACUGGUGUUAGUAAUAACUAUCUUUCAGCAGAAUUAUCACAAUGAUCAGCUCGUGGUAACGCCUAACGAAAUGACUGGACUUUAUUAACGUGAAAAGCCAUCGAACGACCUGCCGCCAUUUUCUAUUUUUGUCUGGUUUUCCCCGAGGACUACGAUCUUUCUAGCGAAGGCAGUUUACAACGUGCUAGGAUCUUCCCAGUCCUAGAAUCUUCCUAACUGUAAGCUAGGAAGAUCCAGCGCUAGGGACAAGUGCAACUUUUGGCGUGUAAACCCUGAAUACAGAAAACAUAUGGCGCCAGGAUGAUCCGCCUUCUAGGACCUUCCUGGUACUAGGAUCUUCUUCCCUUCAGGUCUGAACAGCCCCUGAAUAUCUGUGACAAGAAUGAGCCAAACUCUAUUUCACUUUCGCUCUACAAAGGUGAGUGAAACGUUUGGGCAAAUAACUCAGAAACUGUGGGCCACAAAGACCUGAGACUUGGAUAAUUGUUUAUAAGUUAGUCUUUCAUAACAUUUCAUAUUCUUGGCUUCUUCCACCGGACGGUUUGCAAUUUAUUUUUUUGUUGCGUGACAGUGAAAACAAUCGAUACUCGCCUGCUGUCCUUGUUUCGCAGGGCUCUUGUUCCAUUUCAUGGUUUUAGCGUACUUGUUUUCGACUCGUGGCUUUUUAAGCGUGCCUGUCUCGAAUUCGACUGGCAUUUAAGGUCUCGGUAAAGGAA